AUGUCGCGGAGACCCGCCGGACCCGAUAGGACGAUGCAGAACCAACAGACGUUGAAGAGCUUGGUCAAGUUGGAAGGAAACAAGAGCUGCGCAGACUGCAAGAGGAACAAGCGUACGAUGUUCGAACGCUGUAACGAGGCGUGGAAGCUGACAGGUGUCGACAGAUNNCCGAGAUGGGCCAGCUGGAACUUGGGCAUUUUCAUUUGCAUUCGAUGCUCUGGUAUUCACCGUGGUAUGGGCACGCACAUCAGCAGAGUCAAAUCUGUCGACCUGGAUUCUUGGACCGACGAGCAGCUUCAGAGCAUGCUCAAAUGGGGCAACACCAGAGCCAACAAUAAGAUCGAGAACUUCAUCCGCACCAAGUAUGACUCGAAGAGAUGGACUAUGGAUGGCCCCAUUCCAGACCCCUCGACUCUGGGAAGCGAGGGUGGGGAUGAAGACGUGGUAAAUACAGACUNNCAUCCCACCGGUACAAAGCAGCUAACCGGAAGGCAGCCUCUCAGCGUAGUCCAAGAAAAGGCGAAGCUCGACCGAUCUGCCUCACUCAGAAAUGCUUCCAUGAGUAGCGGACCUAUUGCUCCACCUGCAGCUCCCAGACCUGUCGCUCCAGUCAUCGAUCUGUUUGGCGACGACCCGACUCCUGCGCGCGCCAGCACUGCCGAACCUUCGAUCUCUUCAAGACCUCCUCCACAACAACAAAAGGCCCCCGCCGCACCUCCUAAGCAAAAUCGUCCUGGCGACUCUCUACUUGGUCUCGACUUUUUCGGAGCCAGCCAAUCUGCACCUCCAGCACGCCCAGCCAGCGCUGCUUCAGGAGCUGCUACCUCUGGAAGCAACCCACGAUCAGACCUAAAGCAGUCCAUUCUGUCCUUGUACGCAUCUGCACCCAAGCCUGCCUCAGUGCAGCAACCUCAGUCUUCCUCGAAUGCCUUUGGCGGCUUCGCCUCCCCGCCGAUGCAGUCUCCCGCCGCUUCGACAUCCUCGUUUGGUGGUAUGGCUGAUGCCUUUGGCGGUUUGAACUUUGGUGGCUCGCCCGCUCCCCAACAGCAGCAACAGCAACCCAAACCCUCCACCUUCUCAAACCUAACCUCCCCAGCAUCACGUCAAAGCUCUCUCAGUGGCGGCAGCUUCUUCGAUGCUAAGCCUGCACCGCCACCCAAGCAAUCUGCUGCACCUGCUCCCAAGCCGCAGCCAGCACGCAUGUCAAGUGGUUUUGGCGACUUUGGUGACUUUACAUCCGCACCAUCGCCUGCACCAGCACCCAUUUCUACAAGGUCACCUGUUCCUGCCAGCUCUGGCAUGGGAGACUUGUUCGAUAUGAGUGCUCCUGCACCCUCAAAGCCAGCAACUUCAACCUCUGCAUCCGCCUUCAACCUGUCGAGUCCUGCCCCGCCACCUAAGCCUGCACCCGUGUCCGCCAUGGGCAGUCUCGAUAAUAUGGACGCUUGGGGCUCGAACAACGCUUGGAGUACCCCCGAGCCAGCAGCACCUGCACCGCCCACUACUUCUUACAAGGCACCUGCUCCAACCACUACCUCGUACAAGGCACCUGCCAUGACUAGUGUGUCGAACGACGACGACUUUGGUGGUUGGGGGAAGCAACGAGGGCNNACUUCUUCUAGCAAGCCCGCCGUCAGCCAGGACGAUGACUUUGGUGGCUGGAGCAGUGCACCUGCGCCUGCUGCCCCUACAUCCAACAACAAGGGCCCAACCACAGAUGAUCUUUUUGGAAAUGUCUGGGGUUAA